GAAGUGAAAUCAUUAUUAUCAAUUUCCAAAAAAAAAGUAUGUUGAAAUAAGACUAGCUCACGUCGAUCGAGCUUGCUACCUGCAAAAUUAGAAAGAGAGAAAGAGAGAUUAAUGAUGAUGACGAAGAAGUAUGUAAUUUGCAUGUUUUGUCUGUUUCUUUUGCUCUUAGCAAUUAGUAGUGCAGAGUCGACCUGCACCAGGCGUUGCGGCGACGUCGACAUCCUCUUCCCCUUCGGCAUCGAGCAGGGCUGCUUCCUUCCCGGCUUCCACGUCGUCUGCAACUCCUCCUCCAAACUCUACUCCGGCGACAUCCAACUCCUCAACAUCAAUCCCAACAAGUCCCAAGCCACAAUACUCCAGAAAAUCAAGCCCGACUGCUCCCGUAAGAACAACAACUCCAAUGAAGUCCUUACAACUUCGACGGAGAUGGACCUCACCGGCUCGCCCUUCAGCUUCUCCAGUGAGCGCAACAUCUUCGCCGCCUUUGGCUGCAACGUCGUCGCCUUCUUCAACACGUCGACCGCCAUCCCUUCCUCCGACAUUCAAGAUGGAUUUUCCUGCGCCAGUCUCUGCGACGACGUUGACUCCGUCGACCUUAAAGAUACUUGCUCUGGCGCCGACGGAUGCUGCCUGAUCAACUCCUUACCCGAUGAAAUGCAGCAAUUCACUUCCUACUUCAUCCUCGACUUCGCCGGAUUUAACGUCCUCUCGUCACAAAAUUCGUGCCGCCACUCGUUCAUUGUGGAUCGGGAAUCUUUCAACUUGUCGUCGUCGGACGGCCAAGGACAGGUUCCGGUCGCCGUCGACUGGACCAUCGCCAAUGUGUCAUGCGACGAAGCUAAGCUCAAUCCCACAACCUAUGCGUGUCGGAGUCUCAACAGCUACUGUCACCGAUCCUCCCACGGAUACGACUGCCACUGCGAUUAUUAUUACGAAGGCAAUCCUUACAUAGAAGACGGAUGUUCGGUUGGUACAUGUCAUAUGCCCGGCUGUUAUGGGGUGUGUCCUGAGAACAAAACUUGUAGAUGCCCCCCAGGCAAGAGUGGGAAUCCAUAUCGACCCAACGGAUGCAAUGCAAAAGACACCAGGAUGAGAAACAUUCUUAUGAUUAUUAGUGCAAGUGCCGGAGGCAGUGUGCUUAUUGGGGUUGCUAUUAUAGCGAUGUGGAGAAUUAUUAAAAAAAGAAAUCUUCAAAACAGAAAGAAGAAAUUCUAUAGUAAAAAUUUAGAUUUGCUAAAAAAAGAACAAUCUUCUCUGGAUGAAAUUGUUACUGAAAGGAUGAAGAUCUACGAGCUUGAUGAAUUGGAAAAAGCUACCAAUUAUUUUGAUAAAACUCGAGUUGUUGGGGGCGGAGGUCAUGGAAAAGUGUACAAAGGAAUUUUAUCAGAUCAACGUAUCGUGGCCAUCAAAAAGCCCAAGAUAACAAAUGAAUGUGAGCUUGGACAAUUCAUUAAUGAGGUCUUCAUUCUUUCUCAAACCAACCAUAGAAAUGUGGUUAAGUUCAUGGGGUGUUGCUUAGAAACUGAAGUCCCUUUGCUUGUAUUUGAGUUCAUAUCAGGUGGAACACUCUCUGAUCAUCUUCUUAAUCAUGAGCAAUUCUCGCCUUUAUCAUUUGAAGAACGUUUAAGGAUUGCCUACGAAGUUGCUAGAGCAUUAUCCUAUAUACACUCAGAAGCUUCCAUAACAAUUUUCCAUAGAGAUGUUAAAUCAUCUAACAUUCUACUUGAUGAAAGAAAUACUGCAAAAUUAGCAGAUUUUGGUGCUUCAAGGGCUGUCACUUGCGAUACAAAUUCAGUAACUACUAUUGUUCAAGGAACUUAUGGAUACUUAGAUCCCGAGUACCAUCAAACAGGAAGAUUAACUGACAAGAGUGAUGUCUAUAGCUUUGGAGUUAUUCUUGCAGAACUUUUGACUGGGACAACGGCAAUUCCUUACCAAAUAAAUAAUGAGGUGAGACACCUAGUUAUGGACUUCAUUGCUUCAUUGAAGGAUAAUUCACUUCCUGAGAUCCUCGAUCCUCUAGUUUUAGAGGAAGCAAAAGAAGAAAUUCUUGGAAAAUUUUCAAGGCUCAUAGAGAGGUGCCUCAAACUGAAUGGGACUGAACGACCAACAAUGAAGGAAGUGGAGGAGGAACUCGAAGCUAUGAGAGCAAAGAAACCAAAAGCUAAUCCUAAUGGCCCCGGAGUAACUGCAUCUUGCUUAGAUCUCGGUGUUAAUAGCCUUGGAGGAACUUCAUCUUUUUUAUAUACUUGCUUGGAUCUUGAAGCUAAUAGUCUUGAAGAAACUGCAUUAAUUGAUAGUUCCAUGUAGUAACACUAUGGCUUGCAACACCAUCACAAUUCAUACAUAAGUGAAGUACAAAGCUAUUAUAUGAGGCCAAGAAGACAAUAUAGAUAUUGGUGAAAAUACAUAGAUGCUACACUUGGUUGAAAUAUUUCCUUCCUCUAAGUUUGCUUAUGUUUCUGCUAUCCCUUUACUGUCAAUCUGUGUCGUAUUUGGUUGCGUAUACAAUGUAUUACUUAUUUGAAAGUAUAAUAUUUAGUCAUUAUUUGCCCUUU